CAUUUUUGCAGAACUGAGCUAGUACAAACAUGUACAAGGUUUCUACAUGGCAUUUAAAAGCUCUUUGAAUUGAAGGCCCUUGUACAAUGCUAAUAGCUAUAAAGUUCGAUACCAAGACAAAGGAAGAUAAAGAAGAAACAAGUGGGCAGGACAGCUUGAAUAUUGACACUGGGUUUGGCUUUGUAUCCUCUAGACGUGCCUACAAGCUACAAGUUGCUGUGACUCCACUAAUUACUUUAUACAAGCUGCCAACAUGUCAUUACAGCGUCAAUCGAGGAGAACCAACUCUAAAAAGCUACCUGUUAGUGAAAGAAGGUCUCUCACAUCUUGGUACUGUCCACCAGUACCUGCCUCUCCAGGUAGUGACACAAGCACUGAACAGUUUGCUGUGCCAUCACCAUCAUCGUUAGUGGUUACUCCAAGACUAGUACGAGUGCCAGGGCCUACCAGUGACAGGCCUACCAGUGACAGCAGUGCAAGAUCCAAGCCAAGCUCUACAGGUGACGGGCGACGAAGAAAGGGCGUGAUCGAAUUGGAGACUGUGGACGGACCCUCGGGUGGCAAGAACAAGCUGUCGCCAUACAACAAGCUGCUGGCAAAGUCAAUGGAACUGCUUCCUACCAGUAGUACGGCGUUAACCUCUGAUAUUGGACCCUUCAGACAGGAGACAGGGGAAGAUGAAGAGUCGUGCUACCUACUGCAACAUGCCUUACUCGAGAACCCGGAGAGUGAAACAAGAUGGUACUUCAAAUAUUUCCUAGGGAAAGUCCACUAUAACUACCUCUGCUAUGAUAACUCCAAGAGUCCACUCUUCCUCUCUGUGAUGAGGUCAGAGUCAGCUGCCAGCACGUACAGAUGCAUACUCUGGAAGAAGACAGGAAACAAGAGGCUGUACAUAGAGCCUGGGGCAGGAGGGAAAGUCCCUUCUCCGAGAUACAUUUUAGAGAAGUUCUCUGGCUCCAAGUACGAGCGUUCCAUCAAGGAGCUAUCAAUCGCCUCGAUACAGAAAGACCUGCUCACACUGGAAGAACAAGAAGGCUCAGUGAAUUUCAAGUUUGGAGUGCUUUACGCAAAAGCUGGACAGAAAACGGACAAUGAAAUGUUCAGCAAUGAAAACGGGAGUGAGAGAUUUCAGAAGUUUGUCGAGUUGCUCGGUGAAGAAGUCGGACUAGAGGGCUGGCCGCAGUUUAAAGGAGGUCUUGAUAACAAAAACAACUCCACGGGUAAGACGUCCGUGUACACUGUGUUUGAGGGUCACGAGAUCAUGUUCCACGUGUCCACUCUGUUACCCUACUCCACCGGGAAUGAACAGCAGCUCGAGAGGAAACGUCACAUUGGGAACGACAUUGUGGUCAUCAUCUUCGUUGACUACGACACAAACCCCGAGGAAGCCAUACAGGCAGCCAUGAACUUUAACCCCCAGUACAUGCACUCUCACUUCAACCACAUCUUUGCUCUCGUGACGUACGACGGAAUAGCCAAUCGAUAUCGAGUCAAUGUGUGCUCAGCUGAGAGUGUGCCAUUCUUUGGACCACCCCUUCCCUGUUUCGGAGAGUUUAACGACCACAUCUCCUUCAGGGACUUCCUCUUGGCCAAGUUGAUCAAUGGGGAGAAGGCAGCCUACUGUACUCCGACCUUUGCCGAGAAGAGACAGAGAACGUUGGACCUCCUCCUCAAAUCUGUGGAGCAGAAAUGCACUCACGAGUAUCGACGUGCGGUCUCCUCGCCCAGCCUCCACCAUGUACCACAGUCACCCCUCACACCCGCAAACAAGAAACUGUUUGAGAGAGAGCAAAUCUUCGCCGACUUUGGCCAGAGGUUAAAAGUCGAGAAGAUUAUCCGGGGCCACCAUCCCACGAGCCAGAGGACCACCGUCGCCACCAAGAAAGAUCCAUGGCGAACCGAGUGCAUAGUGAACAACUUUCCAUACCAGAUCACUUACGGAGAUGUCUGUGAUGAUGGCACACUGAUUGUAACCACACAGAAUGAUGGCACAUACUUCAUCUAUAGAGACGGUAGCUACAGUCUCAUCAUUGACAAGUCAGUGCCUAUUGCUCAACUGGUGGUGGCUCAUCGACACCAAAUGCUUCUCCUGAGAACAGCCUACUCCAAGGAGAGUAACUACCUGUACGUGAUCCCCCUCAAGGAGUUCUACACAGAGAAGAUCACUGUCGGAGUGCGGUCCUCCUUGAACCUGUAUCACAUCCCCUACACCAAGGGGUGCCAUCUCUUCUGUACUGCUCCACUAGAUGGACAGUUCCUGAGACUAGCCGUAGCCGUCAAGACCAAGAUCAUCAUGAUGGCAUACAAGUACCCAGCUACUCUGACUGUCAAUGGCUCACCUUUGACCCCGCUACGAUCGCCCAACCCAAUGGACAGCUUCAUCAAACACAGAGAACUGACGCUGGUGGAUGUUCCAAUGCACAUGGCUCUCCCUGACGAGCGCCCUGGCAAGUUGUGUGUGAGCUACAACAAGCAGACAGCUGUGGACGCCAUUGACGAGGUUAUGGGCGGAGUCCAGAAGAUACCCAAUCUGGACACUGCCAAGGCAAAGCUAACUACACUGACUGGUACCUGUACUAACGGCAAGAGCGAGCUUCUCAUUGGUUACAAUUUGACUUGCCAGCUGAUCACAAUUAACGACAGCUCUGCAUACAACUCAGUGGAGAUAGUCUGGAAUGCUGAGCCCCGUAACCUGGUCUAUAUGCCCCCAUACCUCCUGGCCUUCACUGCCAGCACCAUCGAGAUCAGGAUGGCCUCCAAUGGUUCCCUCAUGCAGACCAUCCCCACUCCUGACCUCAAGCUCAUCUCUAUGAAGGAAGACGUCUAUUUCUCCUCCUCUUCGUCAAUGAUACAGAACCCAAUCUCUAAAACCCACUCUUCAAGCGUCACCAACCUCCCGGCAAAAUUCCCCAAGAAUAUCGACAAGAAAGAUUUUCUCACCUCGGGCACUUACGACCACAAGAACAUGACGUUUAUCUACAAGAUUAGUUUCGAAGAUAUGACAGGACGAAGAGAAUCGAUGACAGAGACACCGCUUAGAAACAGCGUUAGCUACGAUUCCAUGUCGACAGGCUACAGCAUCACGGAGGAUGAGAGAAGGGGAGUGUAUCCCUCGGCACUGGAUGAUGUCCAUCCUAUAAUGGAGGACGAGGAACAAGGAUUGAUAAGUAGCUUCGGAGACAAGAGUAAAGACGAAUUAAGUGCCCUAGAAGACGAUGGACCUGAUUACGAUCAUCUCGAUAGUCCAAUCUCGUUGAAAAGCUUGCAGGGGUUUCAAACUAACAGCCCCGAGCAUUCGCCAUUCUCUCCCGUCGAUUCUGAAUCUGACUACGACCACAUUGCCCCCCUAGAGAGCCCCAUCGACUUGAAGUCCUCGCCACAGAGUUUCAGAGAUUAUCAGAAGCUGAGCAGCUCUCCCCCUACCAACAGAGAGCCAGGCUCCAGAGCAAUUCGACGACGGGGGAUAGUCACCGGGAAACGACCGGGCUAUACUAAGACUCCGGGUGAUCAGAGCCCUGGGCGCAACAGAGGAGGGGGCGUAUUCAAUACAACCCCGGAAACACUUCCCUUCCAAAGCUCCUCCCCCGAUAGCGGUGUACAGGACGAUUUUGCAGCCACGGCAAACAAUUUUAAUAGCUCGAUUGCCAAUCACCCGUUUCUCAGUAAUAGACGAACGAAUGUACGUCAUCACUCUUAGAAGAUUCAUGUUCUUGUUUUUAUAGCUCAUUUUGUGUGUUUGAUCAUCAUGCCUCCAAAGCUCAUCACAUCCCAGUGUGUGUGUAAUAUUUUCACAGCUAUAUUUCAAUUUUUCUUUUCAACAGACAAACUUCAUGUUGCACUUCUAACUUUUUGUACGUGUGUCAAUUAAAAUAUAACGAUGUGAAUAAUUAAUAUUUUGCCUUAUAAAUG